AUUCUGAAACAUUCCUGCAAGCUGUGGUGUUUGUUGAAGAUGCAUAUUACUACCGCAGUAUUCAACACAACAUUGAAGCCAGACAUCUUUGGCUUUACCGCAAGUACCACUCCACUGUGGUCAUCAUCUUCCGCCAUACUGUGAUAACUUUGCUGCACCUGCUUGCGUUUGUUGAGUACCCAUCAUCCCUCACAAUUACAUCUGAUCCGAGGUUGCAAGCUGAGAGAACUACCUGGCCAUGCUGGUUGACCCAGCUGAUCGAGUUUGUCUGCCUGGCGCUGCUACUGGCAGAUAAUUCUGUUAGGGCAUAUCUGGUUGGGCGAUAUUAUUUUGUUCGACAGAUUUGGGACAUGGGAGCCAUUCUCAUCAUUUCGAUCUCCUUCAUUGAUUGGACAGUUUCUUCUGCCUUGAGUUGCCAGGAGCUGAUACGAUUCCGCCGUAUCCUGAGACCAUACUUCAUUCUACAAAAUUCGUCUUUGAUGAAAAAAAUUGUUAACUGCUUAAGGAGAACUCUUCCAGAAGUGAUGAGCAUCCUACUGCUCCUGGCUCUGCACCUGUAUGUGUUCACUCUCUUUGGGAUGUUGUUAUUCCCAGUCUAUGAG